CGCAAGAUGGCUUGGGGCGGUGAUCAGAUGCGGCAGGGGGAGAGGACACGUGCGGUCGUGUGCUUGAUGGAAUGGGUGGCGUUGCUGUUGGGGCUUUUGCCCUGUGGUGGCCGCGGAGUUCGCUGGCACUGGCUCAAGACAGUGCUUGCUCUCGCUGCAGCUGUACUCGCACUAGCCCUCAACGCCACCUUCCUCUGUUUAUAUCUAGUGAAAUCUGUGGAACUGAUGCAGGAGAGACUUUCUGGCAGUGUCUUCUUCAGCAACGUGUCAUUUUACAUCGUGUGGACGUUGGGUUCCUUCGCCUUGCUGCCUAUCUUUUGGGUGACGUGUUCCUACUUCACUAAUCUCCUCGAUGCAAUCAGAGAAAUAUCUCCACCUAGUGUGUUGGAUGCGAGAUGGCUGAUGCCUACAGUUAUGUGGUUUUUAUUUGUUUGUACUGACUAUAUUGCAUGGCUGUGGUUUCGAUACACAUGGGAUAACACCAUUCUUGAAAUGCCAGCCGAAAAUGUUUUCUACACAGCUUCCGUGUGGUAUUCGUUACUCUCGCUGUCUUCGCUCCACACUUUUCCAGUGGCUCUGCAGGUGAUGGCCGGCCACCUGCUCUACGUAUCUCUAGCAGACACCAACGAGAUUCUAAAGCAAGUAUUGGCGUGGCAAGACACUAGUUCAGUGCUUCAUGAAAGGUUCUGCUACCAGGAACUUCGGAGCCUCCGUGCCAGCUACAUCCAUCUUCGCUGCCUCAACAUGAAGCUGGCUGACGUUAUUUCCAUUCCACUGAUAAUCUGGACUCUGAAUAGAGUAUUUGCGUUAGUGUUGGUCAGUUUUUACUUGCUGGAAGACAAAGAGGGAAAGUUCUACUGGUAUACGUUUAUCUGCUUUGCCAUCGAAGGCGUAGUGUCCAUCUACCUGAUUGGCUUCCUCGCUGACGGGAUUACUCUUCAGGUGACGAACACAAUAACGUUCUUGCUGCUCAUAUUAAGGUAUAACUAUGAAAACAAUACGCACAACACUAUAACUCUUUUGAUUUUUUUUACAGUCCGCGGCACCCAAGACUAUCAUCCAUUUCAGGGACCCAUAUACUGA